UGGAUGGUUACUGCAGGUGGGCUACCUCCGAGUCCCGGCGCUGGCAGGCGUCGGGGAUGGACACUUUCAGAGGUGGCACUCGCUGGUGGAAAAGUCCUGCCGUGGAGACCAGGUCUGCAGCAGACCGGUAGUAGAUGCCUCUGCCUCAUGAGGGUGGCGUGUGAUGUCAGUGCCAGCACCUGCAGGAUGUGCUUUGAUUCCACAGCUCGCUGAGGAUCCACUCAAAACUAGUUGUAAAUUAUGGACCGGAGUGGCAAGAACAACAGGGUCGUCUCCGGACCAGCAAGGCCACAGAGGCAAUCUGUACCGAGGACUCCGGCUCCUGUAUACACAUUCACGUGCUUACGGCCAAGUACCGAGCAGCGUCAUGGGGCGAAGAAACAGACGUAACCGUAAGAGGGAUCAGCGUCCUGCAGUGCAGAGGACCCCCGAGGAAGAAGAGGAGAGACGCAAGGCGAGGGAACAGGCGGCUUGGGAAAGCGGCUAUGCUGAAAUUAUCAAAGAAAACCAACUUUUUGAGCAGUACUACCAGGAGCUGAAGAUUGUUCCGGAGGGGGAAUGGGAGCAGUUUAUGUCUGCAAUGCGGGAGCCUCUUCCAUCCACUAUAAGAAUCACUGGAUACAAAAGCCAUGCCAGAGAAAUCCUUCAUUGUCUAAAAGAGAAAUACUUUAAAGAGCUACAGAAUAUAGAGGUAGAUGGCCAGAAGAUAGAAGCUCCCCAACCACUUCACUGGUACCCUGAUGAGCUCGCCUGGCAUACAAACCUGAGCAGAAAGAUAAUUCGCAAGUCCCCUGAACUGGAGAAAUUUCAUCAGUUCCUCAUCAGCGAGACAGAGUCGGGGAACAUAAGUCGUCAAGAGGCAGUCAGUAUGAUUCCUCCUGUUCUUCUGAAUGUCCAGCCACAUCAUAAGAUCUUGGAUAUGUGUGCGGCUCCAGGAUCUAAAACAAAGCAGCUUAUUGAGAUGUUGCACGCCGACAUGGACAUUCCAUUCCCCGAGGGAUUUGUCAUUGCCAAUGAUGUGGACAACAAGCGGUGUUACCUGUUAGUUCAUCAGGCUAAGCGUCUCAAUAGUCCUUGUGUCAUGGUUGUAAAUCAUGAUGCCUCUAGCAUUCCCCGUCUCUUGGUUGAAAACAAUGGCGUCCGAGAAGUUUUGUUUUAUGACCGAAUACUGUGUGAUGUGCCAUGCAGUGGUGAUGGGACUAUGAGGAAGAACAUUGAUGUUUGGAAGAAAUGGACUACAUUAAAUAGUUUGCAACUUCAUGGGUUACAGAUUAGGAUUGCUACCCGUGGUGUUGAACAGCUGGCAGAAGGGGGAAGAAUGGUGUAUUCAACGUGCUCUCUGAAUCCCAUUGAAGAUGAAGCUGUUAUAGCCUCCCUGCUGGAGAAAAGUGAAGGAUCUCUUGAGCUUGCUGAUGUCUCCUUAGAGCUUCCUGGCUUAAAGUGGAUGCCUGGGAUAACCAACUGGAGGGUAAUGACAAAGGAAGGUCAGUGGUUUGACAAGUGGGAAGAUGUGCCCACUAGUAGGCAUACCCAGAUUCGACCAACAAUGUUUCCUCGGGAUGAAAUGAAAACAAAAGAAAUGAACUUGCACCGUUGCUUAAGAAUAUUGCCACAUCAUCAGAACACUGGAGGAUUCUUUGUAGCAGUGUUAAUAAAGAAGGCUCCUAUGCCAUGGAACAGAAGACAACCCAAGGUGUUGCGGAGGGCUCCUGCUGCUGUGCCAGAUGUACAAGUAGCUGCUGAUGUUGCUAAAGAUGUCACAGAAACUGUAUCUGAGCCAGCAGUGGUUACAGAUGAUGUGGAGAAUAAGGACACCAAACCUGCCAGCUGUGUAGAGAAGGAUUCUGUUAAAAAAGACAGUGUGUGUGGGCCCCCACCAUCUAAAAAAAUGAAAUUAUUUGGCUUUAAGGAAGAUCCCUUUGUUUUUCUCUCGGUGGAUGAUCCAAUCUUUCCCCCUAUACAGAAAUUCUAUGCCCUAGAUCCAUCUUUUCCAAAGCAUAAUCUCUUGACUCGUACGCAAGAAGGAAAGAAGAAACAACUAUACAUGGUCUCCAAGGAACUGAGAAAUGUUUUGCUUCAUAAUAGUGAAAAGAUGAAGGUAAUAAAUACAGGUAUAAAAGUGUUGUGUCGGAAUAAUGAUGGGGAGCAGUAUGGCUGUGCUUACAGGCUUGCACAAGAGGGAAUCUAUACAAUUUAUCCAUUCAUUAAGUCAAGAGUUGUAACAGUUUCUGUAGAUGAUAUCAAGGUUCUUCUUACUCAGGAAAAUCCCUUCCUCAGUAAAUUCAGUAAAGAAACUCAAAAGCAAACGAAAGAUUUAGUUAUGGGAAGUAUCAUCCUAAAAUAUGAGCCAGAUCCACAGAAACCUGACACACUUCAGUGCCCCAUUGUUCUCUGUGGGUGGCGAGGUAAAACAUCAAUACGUUCAUUUGUGCCAAAAAAUGAGAGAAUGCAUUACUUGAGAAUGAUGGGAGUGGAAAUUUUCAAAAACAAGGAAGGUACAGAAAAGACAUCUGCAGAACCCGAUGCUGCCGUAGACCAGCAGGACAGUGAGGAUAUGGAUAUUGGUUGCAUGAAGGAAGAGCAGCAAGAAUUAUUAUCUGGAGAUGGGGAUCUAGAACCUGAGAAUGUUGAUGGCAGUGAUGCGAGUGAUAAAAAGCAUGAUGAUGCCUCAGUAAGUACAGAGGAGUCUACUGCCAAUGGCACAAAUAGUGAGAAUCAUUAAGAACAUGAACAAUCGGAGCAGUGGACCAUGUCACGGUUUAUGGUUGUGACUGUUAGUUUUAUGUAAGAAUUCUAUUUUUUCCUGUAAGUAUUGUUUAUAUUUUCACUCCUGAGGUCAAAACCUGCUUAUGUGCAUUUUAAGUUUGUUCUUAAGGAACCAAGAUCGAUACAAUUUGUUUAAAAAUAAAAAUAUUAAAA